AUGGCGCGGCUGCUGCUGCUCCUUGUCGUGGUCGCGCUCUUGGCGUCCAUGUCUGCCGGCGGGGCGGCCACCAUCACCGUAGACGUGAAGGACUACGGGGACAAGGGCAACAGCAUAGACGACGACACCAAGCCUCUGAUGACGGCGUGCGGGUCCGCCGGCGCGGUGACGAUGCUGCUGUCGCCGGGGACGUACUACAUCGGCCCCGUGCAGUUCCACGGCCCCUGCAACGCCUCCACCUUGACCUUCCAGCUGCAGGCAAGCGAAGAACGUCCGGAUGAGCGGGCUCUUCAGCUUGCGCUCGCCAUGGGCCUCAAGCCCGACGGCCCCAACACGGACGGCAUCCACAUCGAGCGCAGCGCCGGGACGUGGGAGAACUCCCCCAUCAAGAGCAGCGCCGCGCGCAUGUUCUUCGAGAACUUGCUCAUGGAGGACGUCCGGAACCCCAUCAUCAUCGACCAGAAGUACUGCCCCUACUACAACUGCGAGCACAAGUACGUGUCCGGGGUGACGCUCCAGGACAUCCAGUUCAAGAACAUCAAGGGCACGACGACGACGCCGGUGGCGGUGAUGCUCCGGUGCGGCGUGCCGUGCCAGGGCUUGGUGCUGCAGGACGUGGACCUCAAGUACAUGGGGCAGGGCGGCACGUCGGCCAAGUGCGAGAACGCCACGGCCAAGUACGUCGGCUACCAGUUCCCCAAGCCCUGCACCUAG